UGUUCUGCAGCGUUCCAUGCGAGUGAGCAAGAAAAGAAAGCUUGGGGUAGUAUCGCGGCUGGUGGAGGAACCAGGGGAGGAAACGUGAGGAAUGGCUAGAAACUGACCGUGUUUUUGUCCAGGAAACAAAUCCGAGAAGCGGGGGGGAAAAAAUACUGCAACGGACGUGAUCUGCCGCGCUGCGUGAACAUUGACUUCGGAUCUUGGAUAGCCCAACGUCUGAAGUCCGAGUUUAAUGGGACAGAGAAAACGAAAAAAACGUUAGGUGUUUAUUUGUUUUUGGUGGUGUGACUUAGUCGUGUGUGGAGCUUGCUGUCCACGCUGCAUGAAUCUCGACAGGAGCAAUUUCGCCUUCUACCUUUUGUUGCUAGAAGAACGCAAGGCAAACAUAGACAAAAAUGUUCAUUUCGAGUGCGAGACCAAAACGGAAAGAUACAUUUUGUAUUUGCACGAUAUAUUCACUAGUCCACUAAUUGAUCAGAUUUGUUGUUCCAAUCGUUGCCGACCGCGAGAAGACGAAUGAGGCCGAUAUCGUCUUCAUUUUAAGAGAAACAAUCAUUGAUUUGAAUCGCCUACAUCGGCCGUUUGAGCUCUCCCUUAAUUUUAAAACAUGAAAAUUCACUUGUCGGUCAUGCGGAUAUUGCUACUCUUUGGAUGGUGUUUCUUACAACAUGGAAUCACCGGCGAAGGGCAAUCGACUCCGGCGACAUGCUCGCCACUCUGCCGCUGCGAAGACGGUGGGGCUGACUGCUCGGGACGGGGGCUGACCGCAGUGCCCACCGGCCUAAGCGCCUUUACCUAUUACCUUGACAUCAGCAUGAACAACAUCACGGAGCUGCCUGCAAACGUCUUCCGAAACCUGCCCUAUCUAGAGGAACUGGACCUGAACUUCAACAAUCUCUUGAGCUUCCCAGAGGCCAUCCAGACACUGCCCAAACUGAAAGAGCUAGGGUUCCACAGUAACAACAUUGCAGUCAUACCAGAGGGGGCUUUCCACAAGAACCCACUGCUACGGGCCAUCCAUCUCUAUGACAACCCUCUGUCCUUCGUGGGAGUCACCGCUUUCCAGAACCUCUCCGACCUCAGCUCACUGAUGCUGCGUGGAGCAAGCAUGAUGCAGGAAUUCCCCAGUCUCACCGGCACAGUCAAGUUGGAGAGCCUCACUCUGACAGGAACCAAGAUCAGCAGCAUCCCAAAUGACCUCUGUGAAGUUCUUAGCCUGCUGCGCACUCUGGAUCUUUCCUACAACCAGAUUCAGGCUCUACCAUCGUUACAAGGCUGUACGAAACUGCAGGAGAUAAGUCUCCAGCACAACCAACUCCAGCAGAUAGACAGGGACACCUUCCAUGGACUCACUGCACUGAGGAUCCUAGAUCUGAGCCAAAAUCAAAUCAAGUCCAUCCACAGAGACGGUUUUCUCUCGCUGAGUGGCCUUACCAAUUUGGACCUGAGUCAGAAUGCUCUCAGCAGUGUUCCUACUGCAGGUCUGACUGCCCUUAACCAGCUCAAGCUCUCAGGCAACCUGCAGAUGAAGCAGCCCCUCUCAGCACAGAGCCUGCCUAAGCUACGGUCUAUCUCUGUCCCCUAUGCGUACCAGUGCUGUGCCUUCAUUGGCUGCGACACCCCCCAGAGCUCCACUCAGGAGGCGGCCAGGAAGAGAGCCUCAGGAGGUGAAGAGGAUGUGGAGCGGGUCUCCCUGGUGAUGCACUGCUCUCCCUCUCCAGGAGCGUUUAAGCCGUGUGACCACCUCCUGGGCAGCUGGAUGAUCCGUCUGACCGUGUGGUUCAUCUGCAUCGUGGCUCUCCUCUUCAACAGCCUGGUCCUGGUGGUCACCUUCAGUCGCCGCGGCGACGGCGGCGCCAGCCCCUGCAGCAUCAGCACCGGCACCAGCAGCAGCGUCAUGGCGAUGAGCGGCAUGGCGACCAACGUGGUCAGCCUGCCCGCGCGCCCGCUCUCGUCCGCCCGGCUGCUGGUGGGGCUGCUGGCGGGCGCCAACCUCCUGACGGGCGUGUACGCGGCGGCGCUGGUUGCCACGGACGCGUGGGCGUGGGGCGAGUUCGCCCGCGUGGGCGUGUGGUGGGAGGGCAGCGCCGCCUGUGCCGCUCUGGGCGCUCUGGCCGUCUUCUCGGCCGAGUGGGCCGUGCUGCUGCUGGCGCUCGCCGCCGUCGAGCGCAGCCUGGCCGUGCGGGCGCUCCUGGGCAAGGAGGGUGGCAUGGGCAUCGGGCACCAUCGGGGCGUGGGCGUGGGAGGAGGCCCGCGGGGGGGCAGCGGAGGGAUGCGGCGGAGGUUCGGCUGGGCGGCGGCUCUCCUCGCGCUGCUGGCCGCCGGGGCGGGGCUGCUCACGCUGUUGCCAGGCAACGGCGCGGACGACGACGACGACGCUAACGCUAACGGCGGCGCGAUGAUGUCGGCGGCGUCUCCUCUGUGCCUGCCCUUCUCGGGCGCGUCGGAGCGGGACGGCCGCUGGCUGGGCGUGGCGGUGGCCCUGACGCUGCUCAAC